GGAGCCCGGAACAUCAUGUGCCUGCCCGUUCCUUUCGGCAGGGCCGGAGCCCUGAGGGGCCCCGCUGCAGACACCGCCCCCGGGGCUCGGGGCGGGUCCGGGGGCGGUGGCGGCGGCGGGGGCAGCGCGGCCAUGGCCAUGGCGGCCGCGGCGGGGGCUCGGGCCGUGAGCUCCGCGCUCUGCCGGGCCGGCCCCAGGCGCUGGUACCGCACCGAGCGUGGCGUCUACGGCUACAAACCGCGGAAGGCGGCGGGCGGGCGGGCGGAGGAGCAGCGCGGCGCCGGCAGAGCAGUUGACCAUGCUCUUGCUCGUUUAAUAACUGCCUAUGCUGAACAUGGCCACAAAGCAGCCAAAAUAAACCCACUGUUUGCUGGCCGAGCUGUUAUGAGCAUGGUACCUGAAAUCCAAGAGCUGGCUGAAGUUCUUCAGGGUCCUCUCGUUACUACAGGACUUAUAAACAUGGGGAAAGAGGAGGCUUCUGUAGAGGAUGUGAUGGCUUACCUUGACCAUAUAUACUGCGGGCAUAUUUCCAUAGAAACAAGCCAGCUUCCAACUUUGGAGGAGAGAGAAUGGUUUGCUAAAAGGUUUGAAGAGCUAAAGCAAGAAGCAUUUACACCUGAAGAGAAAAAGCACUUGUGCAAACUAAUGCUGGAGUCCCAGGAGUUUGAUCACUUCUUGGCCACCAAGUUUGCCACGGUGAAGCGAUACGGUGGUGAGGGAGCAGAGAGCAUGAUGGGUUUCUUCCACGAGCUGUUCAAGAUGUGCGCGUACAGCGGGGUCACGGAUAUCAUCAUUGGAAUGCCCCACAGGGGGAGGCUGAACUUGCUUGCAGGCUUACUCCAGCUUCCUCCUGAGCUCAUGUUCCGCAAGAUGCGUGGUUUGAGCGAGUUUCCAGAGAAUUCAGCAGCCAUUGGGGAUGUUCUCUCCCACCUGACAUCUUCUGUAGAUCUGGACUUCGGCUCCCACAGACCUGUGCAUGUCACCUUGCUCCCCAACCCCUCACACUUAGAAGCCAUCAACCCAGUGGCUGUGGGCAAGACCCGAGCCAGGCAACAGACCCUGCUCGAUGGCGAUUACUCCCCAGAGAGCUCUGCACAGCCUGGGGACAAAGUUAUUUGCCUGCAGGUUCAUGGCGAUGCUGCUUUCUCUGGGCAAGGAAUUGUUCCUGAAACAUUGACCCUCUCUAAUCUACCACAUUUCAGAGUUGGUGGGAGCAUCCAUUUGAUUGUUAAUAACCAGCUGGGCUACACCACUCCUCCAGAGCGAGGAAGGUCAUCCCUGUACUGCAGUGACAUUGGUAAAAUCGUUGGAUGUGCAGUUAUCCAUGUGAACGGGGAUGAUCCUGAGGAAGUUGUCCGUGCCACACGACUGGCUGUGGAGUACCAGCGCCAGUUCCGCAGGGACGUCAUCGUGGACUUGCUGUGCUACAGGCAGUGGGGCCACAAUGAGCUUGAUGAGCCCUUCUUCACCAACCCCAGCAUGUACAAAAUCAUCAGAUCCCGUAAGAGCAUCCCGGACACGUACGCAGAACAGCUCACGGCUGCUGGGCUCAUGACUGAGGCUGAAGUGUCUGAGAUAAAGACCACGUGCUAUUCCAAGCUGAACGAUCACCUUGCCAACGUGAGUUCGUACAGCCCACCCCCCACCAACCUGCAGGCUCACUGGAAAGGCUUCGUGGAGCCUUCUGCCACCAUCAGCACCUGGGACACGGGCAUGCCCGUGCCUCUGCUGCAGUUCAUUGGAGCCAAGUCUGUGGAGGUGCCCCAAGAGCUGCAGAUGCACAGCCAUCUCCUGAAGACCUAUGCUCAGUCAAGAAUUCAAAAAAUGGAGGAAGGAAAAAAGCUGGACUGGGCAACAGCUGAAGCUUUAGCAUUUGGUUCUCUGCUGAGCCAAGGGUUUAAUAUCAGACUAAGUGGACAAGAUGUUGGCAGAGGAACCUUCAGCCAACGGCACGCGAUGUUGGUUUGCCAAGAGACAGAUGACACCUACAUUCCUCUGAAUCACAUGUCCCCAGACCAGAAGGGUUUCCUAGAGGUGAGUAACAGCCCCUUGUCUGAAGAAGCUGUGCUUGGUUUUGAAUAUGGAAUGAGUAUUGAGAGCCCUAAGUUACUGCCAAUUUGGGAAGCUCAGUUUGGAGACUUCUUUAAUGGAGCCCAGAUAAUAUUUGACACUUUCAUCUCUGGAGGUGAGGCUAAAUGGCUUCUGCAGAGUGGGAUAGUAAUUCUUCUUCCCCAUGGCUAUGAUGGUGCAGGCCCCGAGCACUCGUCCUGCCGGAUGGAACGGUUCCUCCAGAUGUGUGACAGCUCAGAAGAGGGUGUUGAUGGUGACCAGGUCAACAUGUCAGUUGUGCAUCCCACCACCCCUGCACAGUAUUUCCAUUUACUCCGGAGGCAAAUGGUCCGAAACUUCAGGAAACCUCUCAUUGUUGCUUCUCCCAAAGUGUUACUCAGGCUUCCAGCUGCUGUAUCAAGUUUUGAAGAAAUGGCCCCAGGGACAACAUUCAAGCCUGUCAUUGGUGACUCCUCAGUAAAUCCUAAAAGUGUCACCCAAGUGGUCCUGUGUUCUGGAAAGCAUUACUAUGCUCUGGUGAAGCAAAGAGAAACACUGGGAGAGAAGCAGCACAGCACAGCUAUUCUGAGACUUGAAGAGCUCUGUCCUUUCCCCCUGGAAGCUCUACAGCAAGAGCUGAGCAAGUACAGCCAUGCAAAAGUCUUCAUCUGGAGUCAGGAAGAGCCACAGAACAUGGGUCCAUGGUCCUUUGUGUCUCCACGGUUUGAAAAGCAGCUGGGGCUUAAGCUCCGUCUUGUGAGCAGACCUCCUCUACCAGCCCCAGCAGUUGGCAUUGGAACUCUCCACAACAAGCAGCAGGAAGAUGUUCUGACCCACACAUUUAUCUAAGUUUUCAGUGGAUGGAUUGCUCCUGAUGUCAGUCAUGUUCAGUGCCUCCUCCUGUGAAGAACAAAAGCCAGAUCCUCAAGACUCUUAGUUCUCCAAAAUGGAAAAAAAAAAAGGUGGAAUAAAUUUAGUAAUGAUGAAGCAAUUUUUUCAUGUUGGGGAAUACCUAACAAUGAGAAGUGCCUGUUACUCCUGAUAUUUCUUGUUCUCUUAUACAGUUUUCUACAAAAUGUCUUUAUAAAGUUAAAAAUCCAGUGCAGGGGACAGAUUGGUGAGGUGACUGUGGAAUACCUUACCUUGCUGCUUAUUUGCACUUGACAGUUUCCUGGGAUGGUGCGUGUGUGGAAACACGUUCUGUUUCUUCUCUUCCUACAGAAGUGUUAGUACUGCUUGAUCAAAUAAAUGCUUCCCCAUGCCUGGGAAUGAGCCAUUUCUAUAGCA